AACUUUUUUGCUGCCUUGACAAUUCCAUCACGUCGUUCGGUCUGUCAGUAAUUGUGUUUUAUCAUGUAGUUUUCGACUGGUGGAGAAACAGUUCACACAUUUUUUAAACACCAUUCCCAACAAAUUCAAAUCUUUUGGCAACAUUUCGUAUUAGCAUAGCACAUAAAAGAGAAGUGGCCGUGGAUUUUGCGCUACUCCAACGACUUCACGAGUUCUAUUCACUAUUUAAAGCAGCGAACUCAAAGGACAGCGUAGAGGUAACAGAUGUUCUAAGCAAUUCCCGACGUACCGCUGCCGUUUCCAGACCUGUCUCCUACCUUGCGAGAAGCAGCAUCAGCAGAAAGAUGUUGGAACUGAAGUACAACGUGAAUCCAUAUCGCCGGCAGCUGCUGGUCCACGAGCAGGCUGCCAUAGAGAGUGCCAAAAAAAUAUUCAAGGCUGCUGCCGGCCUGCCCAAGCCACUCACUCCGUCCGGUCAUGUGCCGGUGCUGGUGGACGUGCGAUGCAUGGACUCGAAGGCCGUUUAUCACGUCCAUGUGAAUAUUCCUCCAAACGGCUGGUCAUCAGAAGAACAAGAUGAAGAAAAGUGUCCACCUCUGCGGCUGAUGUACCCAAGCGACCAGCAUGACAGCGGCCUUGAUGUGACGACAAACACAAUGGGUGGCUGGCACAACCCAAACGCCGAGGACAAGUCUCUGCUGGUGGUCGCUCAGAGAGAGGUUCACAAGGUGCUUCCAGGCACAGUUCGACUUUCUACAAAUACCGGGUCCCCCGUUGCCAUGCAGGCGGACGAGAAGAUCAAGGCCCACUUCAUGGCGGCCUUGCACCAGCAGCAGUCCAGUCCCCUUUACCACUCGGUGCUGUGGCUGAACGAGUGCAAGGAGACUGUGGAGGCACACCAGCCGCCUUCCCUGCAGAUUGAGGAGCUCGUGCAGGACGAGCCUGAUUAUUGUGUGACGACACCAGAGACCCCAGAGAGCGGAAAUGGUCCGCUCUCAAGCCCCCUGAAUGGGUACAAGCCAGUCCAGCAGCAGCUCUCGCCGAGCCAUGACCCUGACCAAGUUCUGGUUCCUGAACUCUGCCUCGACAGCCGUGGCGUUUACGUGCCAAACAAGCAGCUACAGGUGCAGCAAUCACAAAACCCCAUCAAUGGCUUUCGCAAGCAGCUGCAACAGUCGGAUUCGCAUCCCUUAAUGCACCAGAACGAGCUUCAGCCACUGCCCAGAGGCGCGUUGAUGCCAAAGAAUGGAUUUAAAGCUGGCACCAGCAAUCAGCAUCAUUGCAGUUACAGCUCAAGGAAGAUUUGGCCACUGCCCAAAGCCAAGUAUGCACACAAAAAUGGAUUUAAAUCAUUUGCUCAAAUGCGCAAUCAGAAGUAUUCGUCGCCCCGCUCCCGGGGUGAGCAGUGGAAUCAGAAGCCACCAAACACGGGUGCUGUCUUAAAUAAUUCAGACGAGCCGACUGAAGAGCCGGCCUUCCAUCGGAGCUCUCCCCAGGAGUGGCGCAAUCCGUUCCAGUGGAACAACUGCAGACUGUGCCACAAGACCAUGCGGACAAUUCGCAACGCCGUGGAACACUACAGCUCAAAGGAGCACGAUCGCCGGAUGGCGAUGCGCACAUUGCGCAUGCCAGACGGCGGCUUCAAUCAGUCGGCCAACCUGUCGAAUGGGGCGCUGCAGGAGCUGCAGGAGCUGCGCAGCGCCAGAUCUGUCGAUUUUUACUGCGAGCUCUGCGAUCUGAUGCUCACAUCGAAUGCGCACGCUGACCAGCACUUCCAGGGACGCCGCCACCGGAUGGUGGCCAACAAACUCUCCAAGCCCAAUGGGUUGGGCCACUACAAUGCGGAUGGCCGCUGGGUGCGCACCGACAAGAAGGGCAUGAACUGCGAGCUCUGCGAUGUGAGCAUCACUUCCGAUACCCAGAUGGCCAUGCACAUGGCGGGGGCCAAACAUCGCAAGCGUGUCGUCGACUGCUACAUCAGCGGACACAUGGAGGUGCCUUUUGACGGCUCGGGGUCCGCCCUCAAGCCACUGGGUCCCUACAUUCGCAAGUCUGACAUUUUCGACAUCAAUUCAGGCUACUAUUGCGACGUGUGCGAGAUACCGCUGAACCAUCGCAAGUCGGCGAAGGGCCACAUGAAGGGCCGCCUGCACAAGAGGAAUAUUCAUUCCUUUCACUGAGUGCCUGAGUCCCUGAGUGGCCAGAGAUGAUCAGAGAGCGAGCUGCGACACCCAUGUGGGGAAUCCGUUUUAUUGAAUAUGUUUUAUAUCAGAAUGUUUAAUAUAAUUAGUAUAGAUAAUCAUAUACAAAUGGGACACAAUUAGUCCUGAAAAA